AUGGUCAACAAGACCUUAAAUUACUGGGGUCCCGGUUUUGAGGAGGACGUUAUCAACAUCAACGUGGGGGGUCUGAGGAGGCGGCUCAGCUCCAGCGCCCUCUCCAAGUUCCCCGACACCCGCCUGGGACGCCUGCUCUCCUGCGACUCAGAGGAGUCCAUCCUGCAGCUCUGCGAUGACUACGACGUGAGCGCCAGGGAGUUCUACUUCGACCGAAACCCCGGCUUCUUCCUCUACGUGCUCCACUUCUACCAGACGGGGAAGCUGCACGUCAUGGAGGAGCUGUGCGUCUUCUCCUUCUGCCAGGAGAUCGAGUACUGGGGCAUCAAUGAGUUCUUCCUGGACUCCUGCUGCAGCUACCGCUACCACGAGCGCAAGCUGGAGAGCCGGCACCACAACUGGGACGAGGAGAGUGAGGUCAGCAGCGUGGACACGUCCCCCGAUGAGAUCUCCGACAUCAACCACGACCUGCUGCGCUACAGCACGCUGCGCUGCGGCAACGUGCGCAAACGCCUCUGGCUCACCAUGGAGAACCCCGGCUACUCCAUCCCCAGCAAACUCUUCAGCUUCGUGUCCAUCAGCGUGGUGCUGGUUUCCAUAGCCACCAUGUGCAUCCACAGCAUGCCCGAGUACCAGGAGGUGGAUGAGAACGGCAACAUGCUCGAUGAACCUGUCCUGCACAAGCUGGAGUAUUUCUGCAUCUCCUGGUUCACCUUCGAAGUGUCUUCCCGCCUCCUGCUCUCCCCCAACCCCAGGAAGUUCUUCAAGCACCCGCUGAACCUGAUUGACAUUGUCUCGGUGCUGCCCUUCUACUUCACCCUCUUAGUGGACGUGACCGUGGGCAGUGACUCGGAGCUGGGCAACCUGGGCAAGGUCGUGCAGGUGUUUCGGCUCAUGAGGAUAUUCCGGGUGCUGAAGCUGGCUCGGCACUCCACCGGACUGAGGUCGCUGGGGGCCACCUUGAAGCACAGCUACCGGGAGGUGGGGAUCCUGCUGCUCUACCUGGCCGUGGGCGUCUCUGUCUUCUCCGGCGUGGCCUACACCGCUGAGAAGGAGGAAGACGUUGGCUUUGACACCAUCCCGGCGUGCUGGUGGUGGGGCACGGUCAGCAUGACCACUGUGGGCUACGGCGACGUGGUGCCUGUCACUGUGGCGGGCAAGCUGGCUGCCUCGGGCUGCAUCCUGGGGGGCAUCCUGGUCGUGGCGCUGCCCAUCACCAUCAUCUUCAACAAGUUCUCCCACUUCUACCGCAAGCAGAAGGCGCUGGAGGCGGCCGUGAGGAACAGCGGCAAGAAAGACCCCGAGGACAUGGAGAGCAUCUCCAGCCGCGACCGAGACUCAGAGGCUCUGAGCGAGACCUCCCUGGGCAGAGGCAGCCCUGAUCGCCGCGGUCUGACCCCCGGCGCCCACCCCGCACCCUGA